GGUGGAAUCGCUCUCGACAGUGGGCGGAAGCUGUGUGCGUACGUAACCUCUUAUUGGCCCCGAGCAAGGUUCGUGACUCAACGUCUUUCACGCUGUGACGUCUGUUUGGGGAAAAUAACGAUGGCAGCCUCUGAAGCGAUGUGGAGGCCUCCUCGUAACUGUGAUGUCUACUGGAGUGAGUUCAGGCACUGCAAAAGCCUGUGGAACCGUUUUCACCACUAUUACGCUCAUGGCACUUCACCUUCCUGCCAGCAAUGGAAAGAGGACUUCAACAUGUGCAAACAGUGGGAGAAACACCCAGACCCAGAAACCAAGGAGGCGUUACAGAGCAGUGAGAGGAAGAGGGUAGCAGAGCAGAGGAAGUUUACCCCUGUCUGGGAGAUGAGGAGAGAACCUCCAAGAGACUGGCACCUGCCCCUGAACCAGGACAAGCCUCAGGACUCCUGAACACCCACCCACAGCACGAGUCCUCUGUGGGGCUAAAGACUUCUGAGAUGCCAGUUUGCUGCAGAAAUGUGCAUGAAGCCUCCCGGGUUCUCUGCCCAGUAGAGGUUACAAUGAAGGUGGUAUGACCUUAUGGACUGUACUCUACAGUGGUGUCCAAUUUCCUGCACUGAUUUUGGGUGUGCUGUGAGAUUGAAUUGUGCCAGACACUUCAGGGUCUUGUAUGAAUGGGCUCAGCAAGCGUGGAAGGAUGUCAAACAUUUGUCAUGAGAAUUUCACUUUUGGUACUUUGGAAAUGCUAGAUAAAGGGACAUGGAAUAUAGAUAGCAUUUGAUCGUAGCAAUUUGAGUUGACACCCUCUUACCAGACACCCAUAACAUUGUAUGGAAAUCUAAUUAGCAUGAUUGUGUUGCUGAACCCCUUUGUCAUAGACACCAGUAUCAAAGUAUGUUAAUGGCCUUUAAUGAUUCAUUCACAUUUGUGUGUGUGUGUAACAU